AUGACAGAAAGGACGUGUAACUUGGAGGGGAAUUCUCUUAGUUCUGAAGAUUCAGAAGCGGAUCUCGAAAUACCACUAGAGAAAGUUUGCAAUGAUCCGAACCCUAUCUCAGAACAAUUGAAACGCAAAAACAACUUACUUAUUAAUGAUGAUCUAGUUCAUUCUUCUGAGACAGAUCAAAAUAAAGGUUUAGACGGAAAAGAGGGAAUUGAUGGGCAAAGUGGAAAUGCUGAAAGCUCUGGUUUGAAACAAAAAAACCAUUCAAACCGUAUUUUUAGAAGGAUAUUUGAAUGCGUUUGUAGAAACAGAUCUCGAUCUAACAGUUCAAAUGGUUUAAACCAAACCUCUUCAAAUAAUUAUAGGAAUGGUGGAUCUAUUUUCCUUUCGAUAUUUAAGGGACUUCAUGGUGCUUACCUAUUCGAUAAAUAUACUAAGAAAAUUGGCAAGCACAUUUCUCUAGUAGCGUCUGUUUACCCUAGAUCACUGCUUAUUAUAGGGAAUGUUAUGGGGUUAAUGUUUGGUUUAGUUGUUGCAUUGGGAUUAAUGAAAUUAUACCCAUUCCAUCUUGAGGUAAAUGGAUCACCUGAUUUGUUUCUUCCCACAAAGUCAAUCCAUAACACUCAUAAAGAGGAGCUUAGAAGGUUGUUUGGCCCGGAAACUGUAACUGUCCCAAUCUUAUAUAGUAAUAAAGGACCACCUGGCUCAUCUCUUCUAGAUUUUGUUACUUUGAAACAAAUUUGGAGAAAUGAAAUGUCAAUUCAAGCCAUAAAAGUAGUGGAUAAAAAAGGAAAAGAGUGGGGUUGGGAAGAUAUUUGCCAUCGCCAACCAACUGGAUCUGUAGUUACGGGAACGCCCUGUGUUGUUUUGUCUUUGUUUGGACUUUUCAUGAUAAAUGAAUCAUCUGGAAUUUUCUCAGAGAAAGACUUUGAUGAAGCAUUUACAGGAGAGUGCUGCAGUGGAGUUAGCAUUUCAAAAUUUGCAGCAGGGAACUUAAUAAAACAAGUUUAUUUUCCCUAUCAAUAUAAAUAUGAUGAGGAUCUUCCUGAGUGGCCACUUGAGAUUCACAAUACACAGGAAAUGCUUUCAAUUUAUAGAUUGAAUACAACUGUUCCUGAAGAUGUAAGAAUUGCAUGGGAAAACAAGGUCACAAAUCAUAUCAAAAGUGUACAAAGACGUAAUCAACUUGUAAGUAUAAUUAACACUGAAGAAAGGUCUGAAAUUAGCCAGAUUAAUAUAACAAAUAAAAGGUAUGAAGAAAAUAACCAUACUGGUAAUUUUAAAAAGCUCAUUACUGUUGAGCAGCCUCUAUACAAUCCAGAUAGCAUAAUCAAUUCGGAUAAUACAAAGGACGUAAGUAUUUACCCAAAUAAUUGGGGGAUUGUUCAUUAUUCUUUGGAAUUUGUUUCAUCUGAGACCACCGAGUUGGCAAAUAAGGAAACUCCACUAUUGCUCGCAACAUUUGCUUUAAUGAUUAUUUUCAUGGCCAUAUGUAUAUCUGGAAAAUUCCCAAAAAGAUCUAGGGUAUUAUUAUCUUCAACUGUUGUUAUGAUUACGGUAUAUGCAACUGUGGGAAGUUUUGCAACAGGAAUGAUCUUUGGAGUCCCGAUUUCUCCUCUUACACCACUGUUUAUUCACAUGUUGUUGGGAGUAGUUGUAAGUUACAUGAUUAUUUCUGUGAGAACUUACACAAAAACACGGAUUUAUAUUAGAGUCCCGUAUCAUUAUUUACCAUUCCUUAAUUCAAAGUAUGUUCGAAUUUCUGGUAAUGAAGUCUUUCUUGAAAUAACACAGUACAUUUACAAGCCAUGGAGGGGAUUUGUAUUUUCAGAAGCGGAAAAUAGUCAUUUUGGUAACGAAAUCAUGCAUGGGAAUAACCAUAGCUAUGGCAGUACAAGCGUUGAGUUAAUUUAUGGUCAAAAUUAUUCAAGUAACGAAAUUUCAUCUUUUAAUUCAUCUAAUUCUGCAUCAGAUUCAUACUCAAACCAAAGAGAUCAAUUGGAACAGACCGAAAAGACCAAUAUUAUUACAGAGUGUACGGUUUUGGGAGAAGGAAAUGAAGUUCCGUCAAAUAAACUACCUUCAGAUGGGAAUUUAUACCAUGAUUGCAAGCAAGAAGAAUCCAAGUUUACAAGUGAAAUUAAAGAUGAUGGUGACGAAAUUCAUCACGUUAUUAACAACCAAAUUGAUGGCUCAAACAGUGAUUUCCAUAUAGAUCUCGAAAAUAUUGACAAAAAGAUGUGGGACAACGACACGCUUCUCAAAAUCAGACUCUCCGUUUCAGGUUCAGUUGUGUUUAGUUCGAUUACUCUCACCUGUCUCACGUCUUGUGCAGCACUGUUUCUGGGGACUGUAGUCGAUUUCCCAAUCGUACGCUAUUACUGUAUUCACGCCGGCUUUGGAAUAUUGUAUUUGUUUAUUUUCCAUUGGCUGAUUUUCCUUCCUUCUUUUGUACUAGAUGAAAAAAGAAUAUACCAUAGAAAAUACGAUGUUUUCCCAUUGUUGAAAUUCAAGCUAAGUAACAAAAAAUCUAAAUAUUUAUUUAUUCGUCAAGAACCUAAGUUUAUUUGUAGUGAUGAUAAUCAGAGAAUGAUUGAAAUUUCACCAAGCAUAAAUGCAUAUACACGUGCAGCUUCCCCUUCUAACGUCUCACUGUCAGCAUCAAAUGAUUCUAGGAAAGGCACAAUUCUUUCUAUAUUUACUAAGCACGUCUACAAGGUAAGAAGUGAAGUUGUAAAAAAUUAUCAACGAUACAAAACAUGGUGGGGUGAUAAAUCCACCAAUCAAAAUAAGCAAGAACUAGUUCAUCAAAGAAAAAGUAAUAUUGAGCUUAAUGAGAUAGAUAGCAUGGUAUUUAACGAAAAAUCCUCUGUGGGAGUUUCGAAUAAGAUUGAUAAACCUUUUUUGCCUCCUAAUAAUCGUGAAAAUACCGCAAUUCAAAACGCAAUUAAUGAGAUUGAUAUGCAUGACAUUUGGAUCGGAAGAUUAAUGGUGGAGUCUUCUAAAGCCGACGUAAUUAUGAGGCUAAUGUGCAAUUUUACAUUCAGACUAUUUGCAUUUUUAUUCUUUAUUGUGGUAGUAAUAUUGGGGAUAGUUUUUGGAAAAAAUGUAAAUACAGAAUUUAGUGCAGUUAGAUAUCUCCCUCCAAACUCUCCUCUGCAUUAUUUCGUGGAAACAUUAGCAAAAUCAUGGGGUUCUGAACCACGGCAGAUGUAUUUAGUAUUUCCCGGAAGUGAUAAAGUGGAAUGGAAUAAUAAACUUGUGCGUGAAGAAUUUAUAAAUUUGGUUGAUAAUGUUCUGUUAAAAGAUCCUGCAGUAAUGACUCCCAUUGUUAGUUGGGUUCACGACUUUGAAAUUUUUCACUUUGGAACAAAUACUCCAGAAGAUCCGGAUCAUAUUCCAUCUUUUAUUAGAGAGUGUUCUCCCGAUUUGGAUAAUCCACGCCCACCUCCAAAUGAUGCUCCCAAAGAAGAGUUUUACGAUUUUUUGAAUCAAUGGAGGAACAGAAAGGUUUUAAAAGGAGAUGAGUCUCAAGAAGAUACUAUUUGCGUAGUGUCACAGCUCAGUUCAAAGCUUACAGCUUCUACUGUAUCUGAAAGUGCACCUUUUAUCAGAAACAUUAUCCCUGAAAUGCACGAUGAAACCAUGCUCAUCUUUAAAAAUGGAAACCCUUCAGAAGGCAUUCAAUCGUUUAGAAUAAUGACUAUGAUUAAACAUAGCCCUUCUAACUCAGAAUAUAACUUUGAAACUGUAAGUCGGCUAUCAAAUUUAGUUGAAACAGUUUUUGAGAAAGAUUUCCCUGGUACAUACAUUUAUAGUGAUUGGUUUGUAGAGGCUGAAAGAGAUCUCAACAUCCUUUACAUUGUUUGGAAGCUUCUUCUUUAUAUAACACUCGGUGUAUCAAUUAUGCUUUGCAUUAUUCAAAAUCCUUUAACAGGUAUUUUCAUUGGACUUGUUGUUGGGGGCAUUAAUAUUGCAGUAAUUUUGAUUAUGUAUAUUACUGGACUUAUUUUUGACAUUGUAGCUUUCAUGGUUCUCGCAACUGCAGUAUCAUUUUCGAUUGAAUAUAUUGUACAUAUUACCCAUUUGUUCUUACUUACAAAAAGAAACUCUGGAGUCGAAAGGAUUCGAGAUUCACUUUUGGAUAUGGGGCCCAAUGUCAUUUAUGCUGUAAUAUCGACUUUCCUUGGUGUAAUACUUUUGGCAUUUUCUACCUCAGAGUCGUUUAAAGUUUUUCUUUGGAUAACUACUAUUGUUUUAUGUGUCUCUGCCAUAUCAGGAAUUAUGAUAGCCCCUGCAAUACUAUCUAUUGCACUUGAUUUUGGGCACUUUAUUAGAGAUUAUUACAACAGAAAGAGACAACAAGAACUCGACGAAACAAUACUUGAGAUUAAAUCAAGCAAUAUGAUAUAG